ACAAUAUUUUGUCCAGGAAUAUCCAUAUCCGUCUCCGGUUCUUCCUUUUCCCUAUUAUACGCCAUCAUGGGUAAGUAGUAAAGUUUAACAGCUAUAUUGAAUCUCAUCGCAUCUCUCUUAAAUUUUGGCUUUUUAGAUGUACAUUGCACAUAUUCUCAUAUUAAUUUAUUUUUUAAAAUGAAAAGUGUUUUAUAUUUAAUUCGGAUUACAUACGCUUCAAGAUUUCGACAAUGGAAGUAGAGCACGAAAACAAGGAUAAUCGUUACAUAAAAACAUUGGAAGUAUGCUUGAAAAGUUAUCUUAUAUAAUAUUAACUAGUGCCUUACGUUGAAUUAUUUUAAAUAUAUCACUUUAAAUAUUAGUAUUAUCGAAAUAAAGACUUUCAGACCAAUGUUUGUUUAUAAAAUUUGUUGACAAGUUUCACAGGACUGAUCUGAUAAAACUGACUACUGAUGUUGAUUUGUUUUGGUUACUGAUUUAGCAUUUAUAAAUUUAGUUAGUUAGGACCACUACUAGUACUAGUAACUGAAAAAAAAAAGACAACAGAUUUAAUCCUUGUCCCAUUUGUACAUGCUCAAUGAAAUAGCGUAGUAUGAUCACAAAGUAAUUUCAAUAAGAAGGCCUACCAAGUCCUGAGAGGAAAGUCAAAGUUUAACCUAUGGUUAUUAUGGUGUAUGGUGCCUAUACUAAACUUGGACCCUAAACUGAUAUUACUCAUUCACGGCUAUUUUUAUGUUGAGUUGUACCAGGGGAAAACUCAAUUGGCAGUAUAUCCAUAUCACAUUGAAUACCAUUCUUUCACUGUCCUUUGAGUAGUUUGAGUGACAUAUUAUUGUCAUUGUACUGCAAAUGAAAAAUAAGUAUACACCAAGUACCAUUGAUGAAAGUAAAGCAAAAAUUGGCCCGUCAAACCAUUAGUCCAUGGCAAAUUAGUGUUUAUUUAAGCCAAACUCUAAUAUUAGCUUAAUUUUUUUCUCAACGAACAGGUAUCUCCAGAGAUAAAUGGCACAAGCGCAGGGCCACUGGUGGCCGUAUGGCUGCCUUAAGAAAGAAGCGAAAGUUCGAGCUUGGUCGCCCACCAGCCCAAACCAAGGUAAAAGAAUGUUUCACGGAAUUCAACAAAGUGUAUUUUCCAUUUUUUUAUGUGCAAUUUUUACAUAUUAACCUACAUUCCUUGACAAUUAUCCUAAAAAUUGUUUUAAAAAAAUUCCCAGCUUGGAGCAAAGAGGAUUCAUACAGUACGUACCAUGGGUGGUAACAAAAAGUACAGAGCCUUGCGACAGGAUCACGGCAACUUUUCUUGGGGCAGUGAAGGUAUAUUGUACCCAAUACUAAAUUUUAAAGUUUUUAUCUUUUGAUUUUAAAUUCUUUUCGUUGUGUAUCUUCUAAUUUAUUUUCUAUAUAAAGGUUUUAAUAAUUUUAAAGUUCUCUCCAUUCUUUUAGUUUUAAUCUGCUCAUAGGUGAAAGAGACAACUGCUCAAAAAGAAUAUAGAGCUUAGAAAGAACAUUAAAUUGUGCGACUUCAGCCCUGUCUACCCUCAAACUCUUAAAAUCGUACAAUAUCAUCACAAAAUCGUUAAAUACCUUAUAUUUAUAGUAAAAAAAUAAACAUACAGUAUAUAUGUUUACACCUCAAAAUUGUACGCCAAAAUCGUAUGAAAAGCUAAAUGUUAACAAGACAAUUAAAUUAUGUAUUAUUUAUAAUCAUAAUUUAACGUCUCCUCAUUCUUAUUACUUUUCCUCUCACUUUCCUGAUAUGCUUCCCAGCAUACCAUUUUAGGGAAAACCAUAGUGUUAGAGAAUCUUCUAAUAUCACUUAUGUGUAGGCCUUAGUGUACUAAAGGAAUUGUCUUUGGUAUGCAAAGGUAUGAUCAAGGCAAGGCAUCGACAAGCCUUCCUGUUCCUAUGUUUGUUUUAAACAUUUCAUUUGUUAACCUAAGAGUUUUCUGGAGUGGGUUGCCUCACCAUUUUGCAAUAAGGUAAAGAUCCUUUUAUUUAGGUCUUCCUGUUAGUGGUGAUUUCUGUCCCAAAAAUGUGCAGUAGCUGUUGCAGGUUGUGUGUAAUUUUCAGGACAUAUCCCUUCAGCAUCUCUGUAGAGAUUCUGUUUUCUGGUAAUGGGUCUUAAAUUAGUGUUCUCUUUGGCCACACACAAAUUUUCCAAGUGUUCACUGUUUCUCUUUGUGAUUGUAGUACAUGCAGCUGUUUUGCCCUGGUAGCUUCAUGUCCUUUUGAUAAUGCUAUACGGUAUCUGCUUCCUCUGGAAUUUUCUAAUUAAAGUUCCUUUUGUCUCAGAGCUCUUUGCUUCCUUGUGUUGCUCUAUUUAAAAAAAAUAAUUUUUGUAUUUUUUAAUAGAAUCUUUAUUUCCACAGCUGUAACUCGCAAGACCCGUAUCAUUGAUGUUGUUUACAAUGCUUCAAACAAUGAAUUUGUGCGUACUAAGACUCUUGUUAAAAGUUGCAUUGUCCAAAUUGAUUCAACCCCCUUCCGUCAGUGGUAUGAAGCUCACUAUGCCACAGCUCUAGGUCGCAAGAAGGGAGUUAAAUUGGUAUGUAUAUUUGUAUAUUUAUUUGUAUUUUUGUUUACGCGUGUGUUAUCAUAACUUUAUGGGUGAUUCUAAAUUCCCAAGUUAACUAUAAUUUUUUGUAUACCUUUUCUGUAGUCUGAUGAAGAAGAAGCUGUUUUGAACAAGGUUCGUUCUAAGAAAACUCAGAAGAAAUAUGAAGCCAGAAAGAAGAUUGCAAAAGUAGAACCUGGUUUGGAUGAACAGUUUUCUACUGGUCGAGUUUAUGGUAAGAUCUUUAUCUAUGUUGAGAUUGUUGCUAUAACUCAAUGUGCAUACGCUUUUAAGUAACAUUUUCCAAAUUUUACUGGAGCCAUUAAAAAUAAAACGUACAUGUGACAAAAAAUGUACUUUCCCUUUAAGCAAUUUUAGCAAUUACCGGUAUUGCCAGGAUACAUGGAAGUUCUUGUUCUUAAUACAAUUUUAUGGACACAUGUUUUUAAUCAGUUAGCAUCGAAGUGUUUCGAGAUAUACAGUGCCUUGUUUUUAAAAACUUGUUAAUGCAAUGGGUAUGCCAGUAGGAUUUAACUUCCUAGCUUUUGGUGGAAUGAUGAUGGUUGAAACUUGAAGGAGAGUAGUGCUGUAUUCUUCAGUCUCUCUCCAUAUUGAGAGAUUCCUAGUCAUAGUUACUCUGACCACCACCAUGAAUUUAGCAUUUUUUCAUGACUUGGUGGUGUUAAUCAUUGUUGUACAUUAUUGUUAAGCCCCUUUUCAGUUUUCAUGUACUGUGCAUGAAGAAUAUAUGAUUUCAGUACAUAAUAAUAAUUUUCCUAUCAUUUUGUGUUUCAUUGAUUGGGACAAUUACUGUUUUUGGCAUUGUUGUAUACCAUUAUAUUCAGAUGGAAUUGUAAGUUUAAUCUGCCUUAAGAUUUGGCUCGUUUUUUUUUUAAAAGUAACUCAGAACUGAACAGUUAAGAAAAAAAACAAUACCAAAGCUAGAUAUAUUAUCAAGAUCAAUUAUGCUGUUAGACAAUAAGAAAUGAAAUACACAGAAAUAUAAUCUAUAUUACAGCAAGAGCAAAAGAAAAAUCUUUGAAAGAUACAAAUAGUAAAUUACACACACAGUACAAUCUUGUAUGUAUAUUAUGUCUAUUGUCUAGGAUAUGUAGUAAAAUUCUCUCUGCUGCAGCCUUAAUUAAUGUGGGAAAGUUGGAAACAUUACAGUAAAAAAAUUCUAGAAAUCACCUGUUAGCCUAAUUUAUAACGAACCAGAACAUUUUCAAACAUAAACAGCUUUUUACGAAAGGGCUGGGUGAAAAGGAUUGACACUACAGUCUACUUUUUACCUUCAGUGACGCCUGCUCAAUCAUUGUACCGGGUAUACAUUAUUAUAUACUGCAUUUUUUGUUAAUUCUAUAUUGAAGAUUUUGAGGGUGCAUAUGUCUGCAUUUUGUAACUAAUAUUCAGUAGGUGGGCCUCAUGCUUGAUUUUUCUCAUUUCUUUUCAAAAGUUCAGCCUUAUGAAUAACUAGACUAUGUCUCAGCUGGCCAGAUUGGGACAGUGAGGGUUGAAUGUUACAUUCACAUAAUCUGUAUCAUAUUCUGUUACACAAAAUAUACAAGGAUUGCAAAAUAAAGUGGUGGAAUGAUGAAAAUUCUCUUCCUAAGGAGGCAAUGGCUGUAUUUUUCAGUGUAUGCUUUUCCAUUUUGAGGCUUUUACUAGUCAUAGUUACUCUGACCACCUUUUAUUUCAUCUCCAGAUUUGUUUUAAACAAAUUUUUGUAUAGUUGAUAUUGCAUUCUUGUUGGCAAUUUUUUUUUUUUAAGCUUACCUUUUUUUUCUUUUUUCUGCAGCUAAAAUUUCUUCAAGGCCGGGUCAGUGUGGUAGAGUGGAUGGCUAUGUGUUGGAAGGCAAAGAGCUGGAGUUUUACUCUAGGAAAAUGAAGUCCAAGAAGACAAAAUAAAUUGCAUACUGAUUAAAAAUAGACUAAUUUACUGAUGUAGUUUUUUUUGUUUUGUUGUACUUUCUUGGGUGUGAAAAAGUAAACCAUUUCUUUAAAUUCAUGUUUUGGAGUAACUUUAAAGAUUUAUGCCAAUGAAGGUAAUUUAGUUUACAACUUAUUUUUUGGUGCUUACAGG